GGGUUGACGGAGUCAUUUAUUUCACCCUCUGAUCUAACUAUCGCCUCCUCCCGAGACCUAGCAGGCGGCUCUCUCCAGAGUGGCUCAAGACGCCGAGCAGGGCUGUGAGACCCGCCACAUUCACCAGAGGGCGCGUCUCCCCAGUUUCCUCGCUUAGAAAGGCCCUAAGGUUCCCGUUCUCAGGACGGAGCAAAUGAACGCUGGUAUAUUUAGGCCCUCUGCGGUCGCCGUAGCCCCAGCCUGUCAACAGGAAGUAGAAUUCUAUUUGGGGCUCAUUAUUCGGGAGAGAAAGGCCAGGGAUUCGGGGGAAACACGCCCACUCCGCUGCUGCGUAAGUUCUCAGGGAGUUUGGACUCCAUCCCCACUCUUGUGCCUCCCUCGCCCGCUUCUGCCCCGGUUAACGUAUCUUGCCCUGAGCCAGCUCCCUGUCUUAAUACAGAAGCGUCACCGCGACCAUGGCCGAAUACUCCUACGUGAAGCCCACCAAACUCGUGCUCAAGGGAACCAAGGCCAAGAGUAAGAAGAAAAAGAGUAAAGAGAAGAAGAGAAAAAGAGAAGAAGAUGAAGAAAUUCAACUUGAUAUUGUUGGAAUCUGGUGGACAGUAACAAACUUUGGUGAAAUUUCAGGAACCAUAGCGAUUGAAAUGGAUAAAGGAACCUACAUACAUGCACUUGACAAUGGACUUUUUACACUGGGAGCUCCACAUAAAGAAGUUGAUGAGGGUCCUAGUCCUCCAGAGCAGUUUACAGCUGUCAAAUUGUCUGAUUCCAGAAUUGCCCUGAAAUCUGGCUAUGGAAAAUACCUAGGUAUAAAUUCAGAUGGACUUGUUGUUGGGCGUUCAGAUGCAAUUGGACCAAGAGAACAAUGGGAACCAGUCUUUCAAGAUGGGAAAAUGGCUUUACUGGCCUCAAAUAGCUGCUUUAUUAGAUGCAAUGAAGCAGGUGAUAUAGAAGCAAAAAGUAAAACGGCAGGAGAAGAAGAAAUGAUAAAGAUUAGAUCCUGUGCUGAAAGAGAAACUAAGAAAAAAGAUGAUAUUCCAGAAGAAGACAAAGGAAAUGUUAAACAGUGUGAAAUCAAUUAUGUAAAGAAAUUCCAGAGCUUCCAAGACCACAAACUUAAAAUAAGUAAAGAAGACAGUAAAAUUCUUAAAAAGGCCCGGAAAGAUGGAUUUUUGCAUGAAACACUUCUGGACAGGAGAGCCAAAUUGAAAGCUGAUAGAUAUUGCAAAUGACCAGGAUUUUUGUUUCUGUCUUCUCUUUUUCUGAAUAAAAAAAUCAGUGGAAGUGUUUUAACAGAA